GCCUCUAUGACGCCCCAGACGCCGGCGCAGGUGAGCAGCGCUUCCGGGGUCGGAAUCUCGCGUCGCGGCCACCGGCUUUCACUCAGUCGGGGUCACGGGAGACCAUGGCGUCCUCUUCGGUCCCGUCGGCCACCGUCCCGGCGGCGACAGCGGCCCCAGGCUCGGGUUUCGGCUUCGCCUCCAAAACCAAGAAGAAGCAUUUCGUGCAGCAGAAGGUGAAGGUGUUCCGGGCAGCCGACCCGCUGGUGGGCGUGUUCCUGUGGGGCGUAGCCCACUCGAUUAAUGAGCUCAGCCAGGUGCCUCCCCCUGUGAUGCUGCUCCCAGAUGACUUCAAGGCCAGCUCCAAGAUCAAGGUCAACAAUCAUCUUUUCCACAGGGAAAAUCUGCCUAGUCAUUUCAAGUUCAAGGAGUAUUGUCCCCAGGUCUUCAGGAACCUCCGUGAUCGAUUUGGCAUUGAUGACCAGGAUUACUUGGUGUCUCUGACCCGAAGUCCUCCAAGUGAAAGUGAAGGCAGUGAUGGUCGCUUUCUUAUCUCCUAUGAUCGGACUCUGGUCAUCAAAGAAGUGUCUGGUGAGGACAUCGCUGACAUGCAUAGCAAUCUCUCCAACUACCACCAGUACAUUGUGAAGUGCCAUGGCAACACGCUGCUGCCCCAAUUCCUGGGGAUGUACCGAGUUAGCGUGGACAAUGAAGACAGCUACAUGCUUGUGAUGCGCAACAUGUUCAGCCACCGCCUCCCUGUGCACAGGAAGUAUGACCUCAAGGGCUCCCUAGUGUCUCGGGAAGCCAGCGAUAAAGAAAAGGUUAAAGAAUUGCCCACCCUUAAGGAUAUGGACUUUCUGAACAAGAACCAGAAGGUUUACAUUGGUGAAGAGGAGAAGAAAGUAUUCCUAGAGAAGCUCAAGAGAGAUGUGGAGUUCCUAGUGCAGCUGAAGAUUAUGGACUACAGCCUUCUGCUGGGCAUCCACGACGUCAUUCGGGGCUCUGAACCAGAGGAGGAGGGGCCUGUGCGUGAGGAGGAGUCAGAAGGGGAUGGGGAGUGUGGCCUGACCGGACCUCCUGCUCUGGUGGGCUCCUAUGGCACCUCCCCUGAGGGUAUUGGCGGCCACAUCCAUUCCCAUCGGCCCCUGGGCCCUGGAGAGUUUGAGUCCUUCAUUGAUGUCUAUGCCAUCCAGAGUGCUGAGGGGGCCCCCCAGAAGGAGGUGUAUUUCAUGGGCCUAAUUGACAUCCUGACACAGUAUGAUGCCAAGAAGAAAGCAGCUCAUGCAGCCAAGACUGUCAAGCAUGGGGCUGGGGCCGAGAUCUCUACUGUCCAUCCUGAGCAGUAUGCUAAGCGAUUCCUGGAUUUUAUUACCAACAUUUUUGCCUAAGAGACCGUUGUCUCUGUGGUGACUGCUGCUUUUUGUUCAAGGUGGCAGUGUUCUGAGAGGCUUGUGGGGAUUGUGGUUAUUGAGGCCACUAUGUCUUCUCUUCCUCCUUUGCUAAAUUCAGGCUGCAGGCUCCUUCCAUCCAAAUAACUCCAUCUUGUUAAGUAGGCCCUUCCUAACCCUCAGAAACACAUCGUUCUCUCUCCCCUUUGUCCAGUUUCCUUCUCUCUCUCCCUCCCCUCCAACAAGUCUGCUUGCUUUGUUAUUGUUACUGUGACUCUCCCAAGUGCCUUGGUCUUUGUAAAAUGUCCUGUUAUCUCUGUGGUAUCAGGGAUGCUGGGGGAAGGGGGCUGUUUGCCGUCUUCAGGACCUGACUGGGCAGCUGGACCUGGCUCAUACAACUACUGGAGGCACUUUGCUGUGUGGGAUGAACUAAGAGUGUCUGAAUUUUGCUGAUAACUAUAGAACUUGCCAGCACAUGCUUCCUGAUAGGCCUGGGAUGGAGAACUUUCAAGAUACUACAGAUAUGGGUGCUGCCACGCACACAUGAUGGGAUAUGGCUAAUCUUACAGAGGUGGCGUGGAGAGUGGUCAGCCGGCUGGCACCUCAUGGAGGUGGGACUUAAGGGGACUCUUGUGAUUAUGCAGGGCAUUGGAGAAGGUCUCUGCUAAGGACUGACUGCUCUCCCAUCUUUUCCCUCACCUCACUUUCAUCCCCACCCCUGUACUUCUGGGUGCGGGAGCCCAGAGAUGGCCAAAGUGUGCAGACAUGGGUGAAGGUAUUUGACUGUUGUGCUCUUCCCUAGGACCUAACACCCCUCCUGGGGCUGGAACCUGACAGUGGGGGUAUGGUCAUUCUAGAAGCUGGGAUGAUGAUGGGCCAGGGUAUAAGGUUCAUUCCCCAUGUUAAAUUCCCUUUCUUCAUGUCUAGCCAUCCCUGAGGUUUUAUUCCUAGCAGAAAGGACUAUCUCUACCUGGGUCAACUCUGGUCAUUUCAGAAGAAUGGAGGUGUUAGAGUGGGAACCUCCUCUAUUCCCUAGAGGUGCAUGCCUAACAUACUUCCUUAUCCCAUCCUUUCCCAAGCCCUUUUUCUGGUUGGAUUUGUUAUUGUGUUCUUUUCUGUCCUGUCUUAUUCUGCUGUGUGUCUCCCAGAGGACAGAUAGCCUUCUUUGUCAUCUUCAUUCUCCACCCCCAGAGAGGAAUCAGAGCCAUAACUCAACUCAGUCACCCGGCCCCCUCCAAGAUAGUUGAGUUGAUGAGUGAUAUUCCCAGAAUGUAGAGGGCCCUGAUGAGCCCAGAUAUUGCCCUCCCCUCUCACUAAUGCCUUUGGGGCCAAAGCAGUCAUUCUUACUCUCCUCAUCACCUGUGAGGUUUCUACAUUUUUUUAAACACACAGAUAGGCACCAGCAACUGGCCUGUGGGGGCACAAAGAGUCUUUGCUUUAUAUCUGGCUGGACUAAUCUGUCUAACAAGAAGUCAUGCAGGCAUAAAGGAGAAUUCCCCUCUCCCCUCCAUCUUCUGCUCCCAAGGAAGUAACAAGAGGAGUCCCCAGUUAAGGACUGGAGUGUCUAUAAUAGCCUGCCAGGGGCUGGCUGGCUGGUCUUCACCCAGUCAUCUGCCUUUCCCCUGUCGAACGAACGUGAUAAAGCCCUGUGACACCAGCAGCUGCUGUGCUUUAGAAAUGGGGGUUCUGACCACGUGGCUGAUGUAUCAUGAGCAGUGUGGUCUUCAUUUGUUGCUUCUGUUUUUCAUCUUUUCUGUUUUAAUAAUAAAAAAAAAAGACCUUGUAUAUUUACUCCCAUUGCUGUCACUGUAUAAAAAUAAAUUAUUGAAUCCAAAUUC